AUGUCUGGGUAUGACAACUUCACCUUCUGCCCGGUGGCACAGUCUUAUAAGAGGAUCCUGCUCCCGCUGACCUACAGCCUGGUGUUUGUGCUGGGUCUGACUCUGAACCUAGUGCUGCUUGGUUUGGUGUCCUGCCGGACUAGGACCUGCUCAGUUGUCUACCUGACCAACCUGGCGGCAGCUGACCUGCUAUACGUGCUGGCCUUGCCGUUGCUUAUCGCCAGCGAUGCCAUGGGCGGUGUAUGGCCCUUCGGAGAGGUCCUCUGCAAAGCCGUCAGAUUCUUCUUCUAUAUGAAUCUCCACAGCAGCGUGAUGUUUCUUACCUGUGUCAGCAUACAUCGGUUUCUCGGGGUGUGCUGUCCAAUAGCUGCUCUUCGGUUCAGGACCAGAAAAGUAGCGGUUGUGAUGUCUGGUUCGAUUUGGGUCUUGGUGAUGUUGGAGAUAUUGCCAAUCCUUAUAUUUGCAGACACUGGAUUCAUAAACAACAAGACUGUGUGUUACGAAAUGGCCGACUUUGACCGGUACCACGUUUUCUUUCCGUACAUCAUGUUUUUAACCGUGGUUGGAUUCCUGCUUCCUUUUACGAUCAUUCUUAUCUGUUACUGCUCAAUGAUGAUAGUGCUCUGCCGAGCAGGAAAAGACAAGUCACACAUGGGCAAAGAGAUGCGAAACAAGUCUGUGCGUACCAUUCUGGCUGUGUGUUUGAUGUUGGUACUAUGUUUCGUGCCUUAUCACAUUGCUCGGACAGUGUACCUGUUCCUACGGGUCUACAUGUCCAGUAACUGUAGAGCUCUCAAUGUUGCAGUCAUCUGCUAUGAGAUAGGAUAG